CUAGCUAGCUAGUCGCUCGCUGUCCCGAGGAGCCACGAGACGCCGAUGGAGAUGAAGAGCAUUUUGAAAUCGGACAGAAAGAAAGUCUCGCUGCUGAAGGCGCAAGAGCACAGCACCAAGCAGAGCAGCUCCGUCGGAGCCCUGCGCUGGUGCUUGCCCGAGGAGGACAUCCAGGCCCACAACUCGGCCCCCAGCAGGCCCGUCGCCAGCGGCAAACUCACCGGACACUCUCAGACGCAGCAGCGGCCUCGCCAGAGCAGCCUGAAUGAUCUGCGCAGCCUGCAGGAGUGCGUGCAGUUCCUCCAACACUGGAAGGAGCAAGUGGACCAGGUUUGCAAGCGUCCCGUUUCCGCUCCGGGGACCAGCAACGCCGCGAAGUCUGACUCGCGGACCGAGCGCAGUUUGGAGGAGUCCCGUAAACUCAUCUUGGAAUGGGCCAACGAACUUCGCCACGUGGACAAAGUCCGUCCUCGUGCCAGCGACCUGACGGCCGACGUCUCGCGAGAGAAGCCUCACGCGUUGGCUCAAGUCGUGGAGGGCAAGCCCUGCUCACCUGAGACUGAAGAACCCAACAAGGAUUUAGACGCCAACGAGGACGCACAACUGAGGGUGAUGGAGUGGGCCAAGGAGGUACAGAAGGUCUCCGAGAGCUGCGGGGUGCAGAGCGACGAGCUCGGCAAAGUGCUGCGCCUGCUGGGCCUCAAGAAGAAGCGACUGGUCAGCCUGCUGCCCCUGCUGGAGUUCAUCACCUGGUCGCUCCUCCUGGAGGACAGCGUGGGGACCAUCCCGCAGUUAUGGUUGCCGGUAAAGCAGCGCACGUGGAAAGCGGGGACGUCCAGAUACAUCCCCAACUCGGUUUGGAGUUGGAUCUGCAGCGCAGAAGCCGAUGUGAUCCUGGACCCGACCACCAACCACCCGUGGCUGACCCUGUCCGAGGACCGGCGGCAAGUCCAGGAGGGCCCGUCGCAGGCCCACCUGCCGUACAGCUCGCAGCGUUUCGACGGCUGGCCCUGCGUGCUGGCCUGGGAGGGCUACGGCCGCGGGCGCCACUACUGGGAGGUGGACAUCGCCAACGACGGCUACUGGCGCGUGGGGCUGGCCGCCGCGCGCUCCAAACGCAGCGGCCGCUUCCACAUGUGCCCCGAGACGGGCUACUGGUGCCUGUGGCGCGGCACGCACCGGUUCUACGCCUGCACCCAGCCCGAGACGGCGCUGCCCGCCGGCCUGGUGCCGCGGCGGCUGGGCGUCUACCUGGACUGCGAGGAGGGCCAGGUGUCUUUCUACAACGCCCAGAGCAGGACGCACAUCUACACCUUCACCGGGGACUUCAAAGGCAAGGUGUACCCGUUCUUCGCUCCGCUCGACGGCCGCACCCUCAUGACCGUCGCGCCGCCGCGGGCCGCCCGCAGCACCGCUUGAGACGGCUUCUUCUUGGCCUGCCACGC